UUGAACAGAGAUGAGUAAGCCGAUCAUUUUUUCUUAUCUUAUCUGAUUGAUCAUCGGUUAUGGGAUGUGGUUUGGAUGAUGUCAUUCUUGUUUGGGUGAGUUUGGUCAGUCUCUUGUGUUUCUUUGUACUCCGUUUGAGUCUAGGUCGCGGUCUCCCGGAAUUAAGAUAUGCUUAGUGUGAUAAAAGGCUAUGAGGGUUUCGUUCAUGAAUUUUGUGUUACUAGUCUAUGUCCCGGAGGUCGAGGUGGUUACUUUCGCUACGGUUGUUCUCCUUCUUCUAUUCUUCUUCAUAUCUUCAUGUAUUCAUUUUCUUCGCCUAUCGGAUGUGUACUAAUCGAAAGUAUACAUUUGAUGGACAUCAUGACUAUAUGCCAUAGAGAUAACAAGCGGAUGCAGUAACCAAGUAUACAAGCGCAACCAACGAACUCCUAGACAGUGGACACAUUCAUCAAAGCAAAGAAAAAGCAAAUUGACUCUGCGAUCAGAUCAAAAACCCAUUUGAAUUUUGAAUCGCAUUCUUGUACAAAAGUACCAUCCCAAAGCCAAGCCUCGCAGACAUAAACUUGGGUUACGGCCUCAGCCUUCAUGAUAAAAUACAAUGGCCCGUGCAGUACAUUCAAUACGGUAAUAGAACCCCGAUAUUCCUUCCGCCUUCAUCGCCGCCAUCAAUCAUUUACUUACUCCCAUCAACCUCCAACCUCCC